AUGGUUUGGCUCCGUGGAUCUAGACUGCUGUCCCUGCUUUCGACAGUGUCUCUCUGUCUCUGUGUGUCACCUUCUCUGGGCACAGGUGAGUACUCAUGGUGAUACUAGUGUGUAAUAAAAGUGGGACAGGGUGAAACCCUAGGUAUGGUAGUUGCGUUUAGAUUAGAUGGUGUUGAAUGCUUUUAAUACCCAGAUAUACUCAGAAAUAACCCCUAAUAAACUAGUUUGUUAACAAAAAGAAAUAAGUUAUAUGUAGAGCUGUUUUGGACCUGAGUGAUUUACUUUUUUUUCCACAACUCCCACUCUUUAGCUACUCUAGAUGCUGUUGAGUUGAAGUACCCCAGGACUCCUAUGUUUGGGACUGAGGGCAUGCCCUUGAGGCUCACCUGUAAGGCAGAGUAUGAAACUAAACAAUGUGGUCGCAUUGAUGCCUUUUGGUGUCGUCACUCUUUGGAAGAGUGUCCCAAGCUCAUUGACCCCAGCAAGUACCUCACCAUUGUCAACGAGAUGUUUAUGGAGGACCGGAGUGUCAGACAUAGACACGUUAUAACAGACUUCAUACAGCUGACCCCUGCUGACCAAGGAGUCUAUCAGUGCCAUGCAGUAUGUGAAAUGGGAGGCCAUACUGCCAUGGGACACUACAUAAAUAUCACGGUCAAAGGUAUUCGUCCAUUAACUUUUUUGGUUUUACAAUUUUAGCAGUUACUCUAACCCACAGCGACUUAUAAUAACAACAUUCAACUAAGGUGAAACAACCAUGUAGCAUGAUCAUCAGUCAAUCAAUUAAACAAUCAACAAACCAACCAAUUAAUCACUAAUGUUGAUAUCUAACCAUAUAACAGCAGCUCCCGGAGUUGAUCAAAGAAAGGCCAACAGUGGUGGACAGAACUGGACAUACAACACUGUAAUGAUACUGUGGUCCCUUCUCCUAAUACUGGAGUUACGUGAGGCAAGAUCAAUAACAAAAUAAUACAUAAAAAAAUGCACUUUUACAUUCGUACUUCGCAGCCUAUCAUAACAUAAUGUUUUACCAAUUAUGGGGUGUAAAUAUGUCAAAAGGGACCUUUUGGGGUGAAGUCUCUUGUUUAUUGAUGAUUAUGUGUGUUUAACAGGUUAAUCAUUGAGCUGGUCUGUUAGCUGAUGGCAGAUGACGUCAAGGCUGAACAUGACCUACCAAUUAUAAUGAAGAUACGAUCUACAAUACAGAUUUAUAUCAAACCCAAACAUUUAACUGAAUCGUUUUACAUAUGUAUAAAUAAGGUGCUACAGGCUCAAAAGACUACAUAAUUUGUAUUCUAUGGUUAGUAGUUUUCUUAACAUUACGAAAAAUAAAAACAUUGUGUUAUAAACCAGCUUCAAGCAUGAAUGUACAGUAUGUUGGAAGACAGGAGGGUUUGUACUACCUAAAUAAAAAUACAAUUUCAUGAAAUGUCAAUAGAAUGCUAAUUUUUUUGCUUGAUUUCUAUUUUGUUCUUGUUGUCAUGCGUGCCUAUUUCUUUUUUUUGUUUGUUCUCUCCCCUGUUCUUGUCAUGGUGGGCUAUCUCUCUACACCUCUGAGGUCUGUGUCUGUUAGAGGAAAUGCCCAUACAGGACAGGAAACCACACAUAGCAUUUGCACAAAUGGAGGCCUGAAGCUAUGUGAAUAGCGCUAGUAGCAGUCUAUGUGGUUGGAAGUGUGAGGGAGAGUAAAGGGGUCUGCUUGUCUUGUGAUGUUCAUCAUACUCUCAGUUUGAUUUGAAGGCUCAGGAGUGACUAAUACUUCUUUGUUCUUGUUGUUAUGCGUGCCUAUUUCUUUUUUUUUUAGUUCUCUCCCCUGUUCUUGUCAUGGUGGGCUAUCUCUCUACACCUUUCAGGUCUAUGUCUGUUAGAGGAAAUGCCCAUAUGGGACAGGAAACCACACAUAGCAUUUGCACAAACAAACAGAGGCUUGACGCUAUGUGAACAGCACUAGUAGCAGUCUAUGUGAUUGGAAGGGUGAGGGGGAGUAAAGGGAUCUGCUUGUCUUCUGAUGUUCAACAUAAUCUCAGUUUGAUUUGAAGGCUCAGGAGUGCAAUGUAAUACUAUAUACUGUAGGUUAACAAUUUUUGAAGGAAGUUGUUAUGAAUUGUGAAACUGAGCGAUAUUCCGUAUGAAUUAUUUGCUAGACCACUAGGUCAGAACUUCUCCAAAUACAUUUUGGUUGUAUACAGGUGUUCCCCAGAGUUAUAUGUACUCCAAAAAAACACCAGAUAAGAAAAGCAUGGUGUGUCAUACAGUAUAUGGAUGACCAUUAUAAACUGACAAACUACAUAAACAUUUGUGCACUAUAUCUGCAAUCUUAUAAAAUAAUCAAACAUUAUUUUGAUGAUUACAACAGCAAUUAUCAAAGCGUUUUAUAUGUUUACAUGUAUUAACGUCUCAGUAAAACCACAUCUACACGUCUAAAUUAGUAGAAAUGACCACUUCCGCCUUAGGGUAAACUUUAAAGGUAGACUUAAAGAGGAGACGAUCAUGCACCAGUUUGUGAUGGGUGAAUAACAGGAUUUAUUCCGGAAUACAGAGUUACUCAGUAAUGUGUCAAAACAGUCCAGUGCGCAAAACAGGAUCACUGGAACCAACAAGGCACACGGGGAAAACCAUAUAGCUAUAUACAGUGGGGGAAAAAACUAUUUAGUCAGCCAUCAAUUGUGCAAGUUCUCCCACUUAAAAAGAUGAGAGAGGCCUGUAAUUUUCAUCAUAGAUAGACGUCAACUAUGACAGACAAAAUGAUUUAAAAAAUUCCAGAAAAUCACAUUGUAGGAUUUUUAAUGAAUUUAUUUGCAAAUUAUGGUGGAAAAUAAGUAUUUGGUCAAUAACAAAAGUUUCUCAAUACUUUGUUAUAUACCCUUUGUUGGCAAUGACACAGGUCAAACGUUUUCUGUAAGUCUUCACAAGGUUUUCACACACUGUUGCUGGUAAUUUGGCCCAUUCCUCCAUGCAGAUCUCCUCUAGAGCAGUGAUGUUUUGGGGCUGUCGCUGGGCAACACAGACUUUCAACUCCCUCCAAAGAUUUUCUAUGGGGUUGAGAUCUGGAGACUGGCUAGGCCACUCCAGGACCUUGAAAUGCUACUUACGAAGCCACUCCUUCCUUGCCCGGGCGUUGUGUUUGGGAUCAUUGUCAUGCUGAAAGACCCAGCCACGUUUUAUCUUCAAUGCCCUUGCUGAUGGAAGGAGGUUUUCACUCAAAAUCUCACGAUACAUGGCCCCAUUCAUUCUUUCCUUUACACGGAUCAGUCGUCUUGGUCCCUUUGCAGAAAAACAGCCCCAAAGCAUGAUAUUUCCACCCCCAUGCUUCACAGUAGGUAUGGUGUUCUUUGGAUGCAACUCAGCAUUCUUUGUCCUCCAAACACGACGAGUUGAGUUUUUACCAAAAAGUUAUAUUUUGGUUUCAUCUGACCAUAUGACAUUCUCCCAAUCCUCUUCUGGAUCAUCCAAAUGCACUCUAGCAAACUUCAGAUGGGCCUGGACAUGUACAGGCUUAAGCAGGGGGACACGUCUUGCACUGCAGGAUUUGAGUCCCUGGCAGCGUAGUGUGUUACUGAUGGUAGGCUUUGUUACUUUGGUCCCAGCUCUCUGCAGGUCAUUCACUAGGUCCCCCUGUGUGGUUCUGGGAUUUUUGCUCACCGUUCUUGUGAUCAUUUUGACCCCACGGGGUGAGAUCUUGCGUGGAGCCCCAGAUCGAGGGAGAUUAUCAGUGGUCUUGUAUGUCUUCCAUUUCCUAAUAAUUGCUCCCACAGUUGAUUUCUUCAAAUCAAGCUGCUUACCUAUUGCAGAUUCAGUCUUCCCAGCCUGGUGCAGGUCUACAAUUUUGUUUCUGGUGUCCUUUGACAGCUAUUUGGUCUUGGCCAUAGUGGAGUUUGGAGUGUGACUGUUUGAGGUUGUGGACAGGUGUCUUUUAUACUGAUAACAAGUUCAAACAGGUGCCAUUAAUACAGGUAACGAGUGGAGGUCAGAGGAGCCUCUUAAAGAAGAAGUUACAGGUCUGUGAGAGCCAGAAAUCUUGCUUGUUUGUAGGUGACCAAAUACUUAUUUUCCACCAUAAUUUGCAAAUAAAUUCAAUAAAAAAUCCUACAAUGUGAUUUUCUGGAAAUUUUUUCCUCAAUUUGUCUGUCAUAGUUGACGUGUACCUAUGAUGAACAUUACGGGCCUCUCUCAUCUUUUUAAGUGGGAGAACUUGCACAAUUGGUGGCUGACUAAAUACUUUUUUCCCCCACUGUAUCUGGGCCUCUCCUCUGUGUCGUACAGCCGUGACAGUGCGUCUGCCUUCACGUUCUUCAUACCCGUAAUGUAUGAUAGUGUAAAAUCAAACCAGGUAAAGAAUAGGGCCCACCUGGCCUGGAGAGUGUUCAGCCUCCUCGCUGCCCGGAUGUACUCCAUGUUACGGUGGUCCGUCCAGACGAGGAUAGGUUGUUUCUCCCCCUCGAGCCAGUGCCUCCACACGGUCAGGGCUCUGACAACAGCCAACAGCACCCGAUCACCAACGUCGUAGUUCUGUCCGCCGGGCUGAGCUUCUUGGAGAAGAAGGCACAGGGGCAGAGCUUAGGUGGCGUGCCCGAGCGUUGAGAUAGGACCACGCCUAUCCCUACCUCAGAUGCAUCCACCUCCACUACGAAUGGUGGUGAUGGAUUCGGGUGGGCCAGUACCGGGGCUGAGGUGAACAGACCCCUCAGGUUACUGAAGGCCCUGUCAGCCUCAGCAGACCAGCAGAGCCGGGACGGCCCACCCUUCAACAGAGAGGGGAUGGGGGCUGCGACCUUCCCAAAGCCCCGGAUAAACCUCCGAUAGUAAUUGGCAAAGCCAAUGAAGCGCUGCAGCUCCUUAACCGUGGUUGGAGUCGGCCAAUUACGCAUGGCUGAAAUGCGGUCUCCCUCCAUCUCCACACCUGAGGUGGUGAUGUGGUAUCCAAGGAAGGAGACGGAUUGUUAGAAGAACAGACAUUUUUCUGCCUUGGCAUACAGGUCAUGCUCCAACAGUCGCCCAAGCACUCUGCGAACCAGGGACACAUGCUCGGCAUGCGUAGCGGAAUAAACCAGAAUGUCAUCGAUGUAGACCACUACACCGCGACCAAGCAUGUCCCAAAACACCUCGUUCACAAAGGACUGGAAGACGGAUGGAGCAUUCAUCAAACCGUAUGGCAUCACCAGGUAUUCGUAAUGCCUGUGGUUGUGCUUAAUGCUGUCUUCCACUCGUCCCCCUCUCGGACACGCACCAGCUUGUAUGCACUCCGGAGAUCUAAUUUUGUGAAGAAGUGCGCCCCAUGCAUUGACUCGAUCACAUAUGGAAUGAGGGAUAGAGGAUAACUAAAUAGUCUCUUCCCCUUGUUCAGUGAUCGGUAAUCAAUGCAAGGGCGUAGACCUCCGUCUUUCUUCUUCACAAAAAAUAAACUUGAGGAGGUGGGUGAAGUGGAGGGACGUAUGAACCCCUGGCGCAGGGACUCGGAGACGUAUGUCUCCAUAGCUUCCAUUUCAGCCCGUGACAGGGGAUAAACAUGACUCCUGGGAGGCACAGCGUCUACCCGGAGGUUUAUCGCGCAAUCUCCCGCCCGAUGAAGUGGUAAUUUGGCCACCUGCAUUUUGGAAAAUGCGUGUGCAAAAUCGAGGUAUUCGGGGGGAAUGCACAUGGUGGAGGUACUGUCUGGACUUUCCACCAUGGUUUCACCAACGGAAACACCUAGACACCUACCCUGACACUCUUGCAACCACCCCGUGAGAACCCUCAUGUGGCCAUGAAAAGGUGAGUGCUAACCAGGGAAGACCGAACACAACAGGGAAAUCAGGAGACUCAAUAAGUCUCGUGUGUAACCAUAGUGACUGGUGCUGUAACCUCCCUAACGAAUCCGGACCCUAAUGGUCGACUGUCAAGUGCACUGAUGGGCAGUGGUAAUGGAUAGGGGAACCAAUGUAAUGCCUAGACUAUGUGAAAAUUACCUGUCCAUAAAGUUCCCAGCUGCGCCUGAAUCGACCAGAGCCUUACACUGGGGAACUACAAUGUAAUCAGGAAAGUGGAUGGGUAAGGUACAGUGCACAGCAGAGGGCUCUGAACGAGUAUGGUUUUUCGAUACCUGGGGUGAUGCGAGAGUGCCCUGCCUGCCGCCUCCAGACCCAUAAGAACGCUGACGACAUCGUGCAUUGAAAUGUCCUCUCGUGCCAUCUGCUGCUAGAGUCCGGAACUCCAGGGCGAAGUCCUGCACUGUCCUCGUCCCCUGCCUCACGUGGACAAGCCGCUUGCCCGCCUCUCUACCCUCGGGCGGGUGAUCGAAGACAGCCCGAAAGAGGCGAGCGAACUCCCCGUAGUUGUCCAAUGCGGCUCCUCCUUCAUUCCAGACCACAUUGGCCAACUCCAGGGCUUUCCCUGAGAGGCAGGAGACGAGGGCAGACACCUUCUCCCACUCCGAUGGGGCCGGGCUGAUGCUUGAAUAGUAUAGCUCCAAUUAGAGGAGGAAUCCCUGGCAGAGAGCAGCUGUCCCGUCAAAAUCCCGUGGUCGGGAUAUAUGGAUCCCUCUGGGUGCUGGGGUGUGGGUGGCUGGAUCCGGUCGCCAAACUGGUCCCGACAGAUCGGGUCAUCGCUUCUCCCAAGCUGGCUAGCAUUGUCGAUUGCUCCCGGACCCGUUCCACGACUCCAGGCAUGUGCUCCUCUCCUGCUGACUCCAUAUUUUGGUGUGUGAUUCUGUGAUGGGUGAUUUGAAGGAGUCAGGCGCAGGAGGGUAAAUCACAGAAUAACAUGAUUUAUUCCGGAAUACAGAGUUACUCAGUAAUGCGUCAAAACAGUCCAGUGCGCAAAACAGGCGCACUGGAACCAACAAGGCACACGGGGAAAAUAACCCGGCAAUACAAAAUACAAGGAGCUCAACCGAGCUUCACUCUCCUCACAAUAAACAAUCACACAAAGACAAGUGGGCAUAGGGAACACUUAUACAGGUACUGAUGAGGGGAUAUGAACCAGGUGUGUGUAAUAAACAAGACAAAACAAAUGGAAUGAUGAGAUGAGGAGCGGCAGUGGCUAGAAGGCCGGUGACGACGAACGCCGAAGCCUGCCCUAACCAGAAGAGGAGGCAGCUUCGGAGGAAGUCGUGACACAGUUGUUGCCACAGAACAAGUGAAGAACGUUUUUAUUAGCCUCGCUUGCCAGGCUUAAGACACAAGUCUUGGAACAAGUUCUUAUCACACGAUAGCGAGUGGCCAGGGGCUUUGAUAAUUGUUCAUGUUUUAUGCUAAUAUUGGUUAACUCUUGGUUGGUGUCAUCAUGCUGAUAUUAGACAAACUACUUUUAUUUUUCUAUCAUGGAAUGUGUAUUUGGUGCUCAUGUGUUCAUUGUGUAUUGAUCUUACAUUAAUUUCUGAUGAAAGCAACAGCAUAAUGGCUUUUCUCUAACAGUUCCUUCUUGUGAGGGAACGCAAACAUUGUUACACAUCUAUGCUUUUUUAUUGUUGUUUUACUAAUUUAAAAUAGUAUUUAUAAAAAUGAAAAUCAUCAGUCAGCAUUGUGUUUCUUCCAGAUGCUUUGGAGGUGAGGUGCCCAAGGGUCCCUAUCAUUGGGAGAGAGGGCACGCCACUGAAUCUCACUUGUAACAUAGAGUAUGAUCCGAGAAAAUGUGGUCAUAUUGAAGCUUCCUGGUGCCAUCGCUCUUCAGUUGAAAAAUCCUAAGCUUACUGCUCUCGCUAAGUACCCCACUGUUGUCAAAGAGGCAGUUAUGGAGCACCCCAACAUCAAACGUAAAGAGGUCGUCACAGAGAUCAAACAGCUGAAUGAAAAUUACCAACGACUCUAUCAGUGUCAAGCACAUUGUGAGAGCGGCGAUUCUGCUAUGGGGGACACUAUAGUAGUAUCACAAUCAAAUGUCAUUUGUGGGUCUGCUAUGGGUACAGCACCGCAUGAUCAAUCUAGAUGAUGAGUUGAUUGAUCUUCAAACUCUGAACUCUCUACGUAGCAGGAGAAAACGAACCAGUGGUAGAGCAUGGUGAAGAGGAUGAGAGUAUGCCUUGGGACAUUAUUACACUUCCACUCACUUUUUACUAAAUUACCUACCUGUAUUACCAACCUUCCUGUAUUACAAAUAACCUAUUCAUAAAAGGACAAUGUACUUUUUCAAUCUCACUCACACUCCCUAAUAUCCACAAUAUUCAUGUUUUACAUUUCCUUUUAUUUUUUGUUGUGAUAUCAUUGUUUUGGAGACUUUGGCCCAAUCCCAUAUGGAUUCCUAGAUUGUGGAGAUCUUAGAUGAUUUGAUUGCUAUAGGAUGAAACUUCCACCUAACCUAUUCGAGUGCAAGGUGGAGCUGUUACCAUAUUGAUUGCAAAAUCCUCUCAGAUCUCCACAAGUCUAUAGGGUGUAGGGUCUAGGCCUAGGCGUCCAUUUGGACACCUUAUGUUACUGAAUGUCACCCCUGUGACCUGCAGGAAAAUGCUGUCCUGUGUGCACCCCACCACCAGAGGGCCGUACAGUGCAGUGUUCCAAUGUCGAAUUAUCGGUUUCCGGGUCACGGAGGAGAGAGGACGGAGGAAAGAGGGUGGAGGACGGACUUUUGCCCAAAUGAGAAAAAGGCCUGUGUGUGAUGCUGAAAGAGAAAAAAUCACUUCCACCAGCAUGUAUUGUUUAACUGUAGAGGACCUUGGUUAGGCAUUAUUGUAAACUUCUAAAACAUAUUUAGAGUCAACAUAAAAUCUUGUUUCCUACUCUUGCUAUUUGAUCUCUUGCAAUCUAUUGUCUUUGAUUAAUUGCAUAUGGAGUUUUAUAGCUCCACUUACAAAGGAUAUUAAUUAUCUUUACAGACAAAGGAUAUCAAUGAUCUGGAAAGAUUCUGUAUGGAGGACUGGUCUAAGAUACCUCCCAAUGUGUUCUCCAAUCUCAUAAAACAUUUUAGAAAAGCCUCAGUGUUGUUAUCCUCGCAAGUGUACUGAAAACACGGGUGGAAAUAACUUUGACCGCUAUCUUAUUAUUAUUAUUUUUUAUUACUUAAUAUUUUUAUCUGAUCAAGUGUAUUAGUAUAAAUAAUUUUUACCAUGCAAUAUAGCUCAGUAUUUGUAUGAUUUAUUUUAUACAGUAUUUUUUGCUAAUCUUUAUCAAGGGUGCCAAUAAUUAUGGACCUGACAGUAUAUGGUAGCUACAGUUUCGUUACAUUUUGUAGAAUGUUUAUCAUACAGUCUGUACUCUAUGUACAAGGACACAACCCAUGUGUUGCUCUGUGAAAACCAAGUAGUAAUCAGGAGGCUAUUGGACAGUUUUAUAGAUUGUAUCUCACUCUUUUUCAGAUGCCAUACUGUAGGUGAGACCUCUAUUGUUGGGACGAAGGGCUUUCCAUAUAGAGUAUUAUCCCCAAAAUAUGUGAUCCCAUUGAUCGUUCAGAUGAAGAAUGUCCCAAACUUACUGAUCCCGAAAGGUAACUACCUCACUGUUGUCAAUGAGACAAUCAUGGAGGACAGUAACAUCAGACGCAAAGAUGUUGUCACAGAGAUCAAACAGAUGACACAAAUUGACCAAGGACUCUAUGGCUGCGUUUACACAGGUUGCCCAGUUCUGAUGUCUCGCCCAAUUGCAAAAGAGCUGAACUGA